AUGGGGAGCCUCCAGCUGCAGGACUUCGUGGCGGGCUUGGUGGGCGGAAUCGCCAGUGUGGUCGCGGGCCAUCCCCUGGACACGGUCAAGACUCGUUUGCAAGCUGGACAAGGAUAUGGAAAUACACUCAAGUGUGUUCUCACUGUGUACAGAAAUGAGUCUCUGACCGGCUUCUUCAAGGGCAUGUCCUUCCCACUGGCCAGCAUUGGCAUCUACAGCUCGGUGGUGUUCGGGGUCUUCAGCAGCACGCAGCGCUUCCUGAGCCAGCUCCGCCACGGGGACCCGGCCGCCGCGCCCUCGCUAGGCGACAUGACCCUGGCCAGCCUCGUGGUGGGGGUCGUCUCCGUGGGCAUUGGCACCCCUGUGGAACUGGUCAAGACCAGGCUGCAGAUGCAAACACAGCCCUACACCAAAGCAAACACUAAACAGAAUUCCACAGCUCCUGGAUCUUCUGUGUACAGAGGCUCAAUUCACUGCUUCAGGACAAUCCUGCAGAAAGAGGGGAUUCCAGGAAUAUACCGAGGCAAUGUAGCAAUGCUCCUGAGGGACGUCCCCGGGUACUGCGCCUAUUUCGUCCCGUACGCGAUGUUCUGUGACUGGAUAACCCCUCAUGGAAGCAUUGCUCCUAAUCCCUUCGCCAUCUGGAUGGCAGGGGGUGUAGCAGGAGCUGUUUCCUGGGCAGUAUGUACUCCAAUGGAUGUUGUGAAAAGUCGACUUCAGGCAGAUGGAGUUUAUUCAAAGAAGUACAAAGGGACCAUUGACUGCAUAUUGCAGAGCUACCAGAACGAGGGCUUAAAAGUCUUUUUUAGGGGCCUCCUGGUCAAUACAAUAAGAGGAUUUCCAUCGAGUGCAGCCAUGUUUCUUGGCUAUGAACUUUGUCUCAGAGCAAUGAAAGGAUGGCAAAGUGAGACCAAUCCCUAA